CUACGGCUAGUGUGUUUUUGACAUCGGUGAACGUAGUCGUGAACUUCGGAGCGGAUUAAAUACUUUAUUUAUAGUUUUCAAUAUAAUAAAGCGGCGUGACGUCGGUGGACACCUGCACCGCAUCCGGAUAAAACAAAUAUGAGCAUCGCCGCCCUGAUCCGAGCCGCAGAAUACAUCGAGCGGCGGGACAGAGUUUUGUUUGUUGCAGAGGCGGAGCACGGCUACGCGUCGAGUCUGCCGGCGGGCGACGAGGCGCGCGGCCGUCGGCACAAGACGAAGAAGUCGCAAGGCAGCAGGACGACUCAUAACGAGUUGGAAAAGAACAGACGAGCGCACCUGAGGAGCUGCCUGGAGCGGCUGAAAGGCAUGGUACCGCUGGAGCCCGAGGCGGCGCGACACACUACGCUCGGCCUGCUUACCAAAGCAAAAAGAUUUAUAAAGAGCCUGGAGGAGCGGGAGAAACGGCACUCGAGCCACAAGGAGCAGCUGGCGCGCGAGCAGCGCUUCCUGCGGCGGCGGCUGGCGCAGCUGCGCGCGGUGGCUCGGCGCGCGCGCUGCUCGCCCUGCUCGCCCUGCCACUCCGCGCACCAGCACUCCGCGAGGGCCGACUCCUUCUCCUCGGUGGAGUCCUCCUCGGGCGUGUCCACCGCCGACCGCUCGCCCUCAUCCGUCUCCGAAAGCGACGAGGUGGACGUGUUGGGCUACACGUCGAGCCCCAGCGACUGCGAGUCGUUGGCGUCGGGUGACAGCGGCCUGCCGCGCCCCGCCCGCCCCCGCCGAGCGCCGCCCCUCUCCCCCGAUGUCGCCAGAUGGGGACAGCCUCGGAGCGGCGCGAGGUCUGCCACGCGACCCUAACCUGCCCCUCCCGCACCGCUGCCGGGGACACGGACACACAAACACACACACACACACAUCGUAUUGAGUACAAAAUCGCCAAAAAAAACUUCAUUACUUAAUUAUUUCUUUUUUCGGGUCUCAAGCGACACCUGCGGGAUUUGCCUUUUAAUUUCUGUUAUGUGCAAACGAUAUCCGACACGAUUCUGACGGGAUUUAAAAUUUAUUUCGGAUAGAUGCGAAAUAAAGCUUAAUAUUAAAUAAUGAGCAUAGAACUAGAGCGGACGACAUUUUAUCGAGCGCGACCAACGAUGAAUUUGAACGAGCUGUAAUUUAUAAUGGCAACAGUAGCGUGUCUCUCACCGGACCAGAUACAUUUGUGGCAAUUGUAACUAUCUAGAUCUAGAUAAUAUAUGUCUACGUUACUAUGAAGACUACCUCUACCGGUUUCAUUUCAAAGUUCUCCUACUCACAGGCGAUUCGUUCCUUGUCAUAACAAGCUCGAACCAUGCUAACCUUUUGCUUCUUAACUUCUCUACCGCUGGUCCUUAAUAUACUCGUUUCGCAUCAAACCACUCUCACACUCACAUUUCCGCCGAUCGCGCCAAUUUACUAUCCGUGGAUAGAACACAUAGAAUCUAUUGUAUUUAGGGCUGAUCUGCCGCAACAACAAGCCCAACAGAAGACAUAUAUUUUAUCUAAUAUGAAAACAACAGAACUUAAAAGGCAACCUAGUUCCGAAUUCUUGACUUUUUGUUUCAAAUUAUUUUAAUGUUAUUUUAUAAAUUGUUUUAUUUAUUUUUUAUGUUUAUUUUUUCAAAAUCUAUAUUUCUUAUGUUCUUCGACAAUAUGUAAGCGUAGGAUAAGUACUUAUUGUCACGUCGGCGACUCGUCGGCAACACGUCGGCGACUCGACGGCAACUCGUCGGCGACUCGUCGACGAAACGUCAUUAUAGUUUUUAUGUCUCAUUUACACAAGGAGAGUUUCGCCUCGAGUAGAGUCUCGUACAAAUUGCUCCCAACUCUAUCUUACGAGGCUCCUCAUCACAUUUAUCUUUCAACAAUCGCAAUCUCGAUAUUUUAUGAGACGAUAAUAUCACUUUUACAAAACUCUCACCAUCUGUAGACUAUCGUAUGAUAGUAGACAUAAAGGCGAGCAGGCGAGCGAUGAGACAAACUCUCUUUGUGAAAAUUGCAUAUUUGUAUAUAAAUAUUUGUUUCUUGUAGAAUAAACGAAGAAAAUAAAUGGUAUACACGUGUGCG